AUGAGCGACGAGGAAAAGCGCCCAGACAGCCCGAGUACAUCUUCGGAUGACAAAAAGAGCCGCAAACGACCAGCGACACCACCACAAGCUAUCCCCAUCCCAGGAGUUCAAAUACCUGGCUCCGCCCCAACUCUUCCUCCAUGGGUCGCCGGUGGCUCACCAGCCAAGUUUGUGACUCAUGAUGAGUUGAUGAAGAUGACUAACGAGUUGGAGAAUAUGGAGUUGGUUCACGAGAUUGCCAUCGAUCCGAAUUUCCAGAUACCUGAUAAGCCGACAAAUGCGAUUCAACAAUGCAUGCGAGAAACGAUGCAUAGAGCUUACUACAACCAACUGAGACGUGAUCUUGCAAAAGAUCCACCAGAGCUCGAGUAUUGCUUCGGAUUUCUGAUGGAACUCAAAAAUAUGAUUCUCGAAGACAUUCUAACUGCUCAACACACUCGUCUCAAAGCUGAAAUCAACUCAAUGCUCGAUGAGCCCACACUUCGUGGGAAACUUGAUCAAGGACAGUUAGAUGUGAAGAAAGUGAUGAACUAUAUCAUUGAGUUGUGUUCGAGACUUUGUUCUCCAGUCAGAGAUGUGAAGGUUGCCGAGUUGAGAACAAGAACAGAGAUUAUUGAUAUAUUUCAAGGUACAAUGGAUCUGCUCGAGCUCAUGAAAAACGAUCUGACAAAUUAUCAAAUCUCACAAAAUCGUGCGGCAAUUGAGGAGUAUUCGGCGAAACAUGAAUAUGAGAUGUUCCAAAAAUCUCUUGUUGAAAAUCCAAAUGGUUGUUAUUUCACUAGAGAGUGGCUGAAAGCUGCGUAUGAUGAGUUGUUUGGAAAAGAGGAAGAUGAGGAGAGCAGCUCGACGAAAAGAGAAAAAAGAGCCGAUGAGCCAGUAGAUGAAAAAUGUUUGGUGGAUACUACGAGCAGAGGAUAUGUGAAGUUAGUGGAGGUAGACGAGUAUGCCGGAUUCCCAGAAACGCUGAAAAUUGAUCGUCUAAAAAUCGAGUUGCUCGCCGAGAAGUUCCUCCAGAUUGUUGUAUGCGCAUCGGCAGUGUUCGUCACUUGCAACAUGGCGGGUCGACAGAUUUCGGAAAGUGCAGAGUUCAAGAAGACACUCAAAGAUCAUCUGGUGGCGAUCACCAAUAAUACAGACGAAGAAAGAAUAAAAUCGGAUCUCGAGAAAAUGGGCGAGCAAUGUGUGAAGGAGGCGACCGAGACUUCAGAGAAGUUGGGUUUGGAGUGGAAUGCAGAUAACUCAGCGUCCAUUCGCUCUCAAAUCAAUUCUCUCAUCAAUCUCGACAACCCUAUUCGCAAGUUGGUUCAUUCAAGAGUUGCCACGUUCGUCGAGGAGAUGCUCAGAAGCCCGACAUCAGUCCCACAUCGUCUCCUACCCGGACUCUCCGUAAUUCAGUCAGAGCUUUGUGCUUUCACGUCGAAAUUUCUUCGGCUCUGCGUUCAUAACCGCAAAACGUUCUACGCAAUGUACUCAAGUCUCAUUUUGGAGUUCCAAGGACAUGCCCCGUCGACACACGCCAUCUACCGCCCAGAUAGUCCCUCCUCGAUGCCAGGAACUUCUGCACAACCUGGACCAAGCAGCUCAUCAUGA